UUGAAUGAUAAGGAGUUAUAUAAUUCUGAAAAAGAAUUCGAAAGCAAACUCUCUUCUGAUAUUGAAGAACUCUUUUCUGAUAUUGAACAACUAUCUAAUAAAAAAAAUCAUAAAGAAUUAAAAGGAUUAAAAGAUGAUAAGAACUUAGACAAAUAUGUUAAAAAUUUUAAUAGUUUUUUGAUGA